UUUUAGGUCAAAUCCAGUCAUUACCAGAAAAAACACCGCGUGAACUUGCUCAGACGGCGUACUAUCUGGCAACGAAAAGGUGUAUUUUACUCACAUCAUUUUGUGUCAAAUAUCCACCUGAUCUUAUUGCAUGUUUUUGUAUUCAUUUGGCUGCUGCUUGGCUCAAAAUCGAAAUUCCUCCACCAGCAUCUACGACUGCAACGAUUAAUGGAUCUGAUACAGCAGUAACUGAAAAUACAUCAAAUAAACGUUGGUUUCAUCUUGUUAAUGAAUCAUUUAGUGAAAAACAACUUGGAGAACUUGCUGAUGAAUUUCUUGCUAUCUAUGAAAAAUGUCCAGAAAAAAUCAAGAAAAAACUUGUUUAUCAAAGCGAACGACAAUCACAAUCAAAUCCAAAUGAAGGUGGUGCAUCUUCAUCUCAACAUAAUCUAUCCGCAUCUAAUGCUCAAUUACGUCCAACAGAUUUGGCUGAUAGUGUCGUACCACAAGGUUCUACUCGUAUUAAAACUGAAAUUAAAACUGAAUCUCGACCAAAUCAACCACCAUUACCGCAAAGUCGACCUGUACAACCACCACUUCCACCACCAUCUCAAACAUCAUCCGGUGCUAUAAAACGAGAACCAUCAGCAGCAGCUCCAACAUUUUCAUCAUCAAAUCGUCCACCGGUGUCAUCACAUCCUCCACCAUUUCAACAUCCACCAUCUUCACAUUAUCAAGCUCAUCAUCAUGUUAAUAAUAAUUACAAUCAACAUUCUCGUUAUCCACCACAACAAACCCGUCCUGGACUACCGCCUCCAAAUCGAUCAUCACAACAACAACAACAACCACCACUUCCACCUCCACAACAUAAAAGAUUUCUUGAGAUUGAGGAAUACGUAAUGUUACCAAUGAGAAAUGAUCAAAUGAGUACAUGA